GCCAAAUAUUUGUCGUAGUAGUAGAGAAGACUGAGGCGCACAUAGAUCAAGAGGAGCAACAGCAGGGAGAUGUGCACGAGCUUCUCCAGGAAUUUGAGGGAGUACUGGGCGAACCUAAGGGACUACCCCCACACCGGGAGUUCGAUCAUCGCAUACCGUUGAUCAAUGAGCAGCAUGCCAUACACGUUCAUCCUUAUAGGUAUGCUCACUUUCAGGAAACCGAGAUCAAACGGCAAGUGGCCGAGAUGCUAGAAUCAAGACUAAUACAGCAUAGCAAGAGACCGUUUUCUUCUCCGUUCCUGUUAGCCAAAAAGAAAGACGGCACAUGGAGGUUCUGUACUGACUACCGAGCUCUGAACGCUGCGACCAUCAAGGACCGAUUUCCUAUCCCGAGCGUUGAUGACAUGCUCGAUGAGUUAGCUGGGUCACGCUAUUUCUCUAAGCUCGGUCUGAGAGCUGGUUACCAUCAGAUUCGACUCCACAAAGCCGACAUUCCAAAGACAGCAUUUCGUACGCACCAGGGGCAAUAUGAGUAUCUUGUUAUGCCAUUCGGAUUAUGCAACACCCCAUCCACUUUCCAGUUUGCCAUGAAUUCUAUCUUCAAGGAGUAUCUGCGUAAGUUCUUUCUGGAAUUCUUUGAUGAUAUCCUGAUCUAUUCGAAGUCAUGGGGCGAACAUCUUGGGCAUUUGAGAGUAGUGCUCGAAAUUCUGGAGGCCAACUCAUUCUACAUAAAGCCAUCCAAAUGUUCUUUUGUGCAGAUGAUGGUUGAGUAUUUGGGGCACUUCAUAUCACACGAGGGCGUGAAGGUCGAUCCACGAAAGAUUGAGGCUAUGGUCGAUUGGCCUAAGCCAACAAGUCUCACGCAGUUGAGAGGAUUCCUAGGACUCACGGGCUACUACCGAAAGUUCGUGAAGGAUUAUGGAACCAUCGCCAAGCCAUUGACAGAGAUGACUAAGAAAGGCGGGUUCACAUGGACCGAAGCUAGCGAGGAGGCAUUUGGGAAACUGAAAGAAGCCAUGACUACAAUGCCAGUACUCGCCAUGCCCAGGUUUGAUGUCUUGUUCGAGGUACACACCGAUGCGAGUGACAUUGGAAUUGGAGCUGUGCUAGUGCAGGAGGGACGACCCCUAGCCUAUCUCAGCAAGGCACUAGGUACUACCCGGUUGGGUCUAUCGGUGUACGUGAAGAAGAUACUAGCAGUUGUCGAGGCUGUAAGGUGCUGGAGGCCUUAUCUAUUAGGCCGACGUUUUCAGAUUGUCACCGACCAACAACCGCUUAAGCAUCUAUUGGAGCAAAGGAUUGUGACCCCUAAGCAGCAGAAGUUCGUGUCUAAACUUAUGGGGUUUGACUUCGAGAUAAUCUAUCGACCGGGUCGACAGAAUGCAGUAGCCGACGCACUAUCCCGACGAACAGAUGUAGCCGAGUUGAAUGCUAUCACUGGGCCUACUUGGACCAUUUGGGAAGAGAUCAGGAAGGCGCAAGUAGAGGACACCCAUUGCCAGGAGCUGCGCCAAUCGAUAGAAGCAGGUAAGACAACUGCUAUCGACUACGAGUUGCAUAAUGGUCUACUUCCACACCGAGGUCGAGUCUAUGUUCCCGUCAGUGGGCAGUUACGCGAGCAGAUCAUGCAGCACAUCCAUGACUCUAAGGUUGGAGGCCACUCGGGUAUCUAUCGCACGUGGAUGAGAAUAGCCAACACUUUCUUCUGGCCCAGACAACAGAGUACCGUCCGAGACAACAUAGCACGAUUCGAUGAUUGCCAGCGCACUAAGUCUGAUUCACGACGACCGAGUGGGCUAUUGCAACUGCUACCAGUACCCGAGGCAAUCUGGGAGGACAUUACUAUGGAUUUCAUCGAGGGAUUACCGAAUUCUAAUGGAUUUGACGGUGUUAUGGUUGUGGUGGAUCGUCUCACGAUGUAUGCUCACUUCAUACCCAUUACCCACCCUUACACCGCAAAGUCAAUUGCUAGAUUAUUUGUGGAGUAUGUAAUGAAACUGCAUGGAGCACCACGAUCCAUCGUCUCUGAUCGAGACCGGAUUUUUAUGAGCAGCUUUUGGUCUGAAUUCUUCAAGUUGCAAGGGACUAAAUUAUCUAUGAGCUCAGCCUACCACCCACAGACAGACGGACAAACUGAGGUAACCAACCGAACCCUUGAGCAGUAUUUGAGGUGCUACGUCCAUCAAUUCCCAAAGCGGUGGGAAAACUUUUUACCCUGGGCUGAGUAUUGGUACAACACCACUUACCACGAGUCGACCAAGAUGACGCCAUUUGAGUUGGUAUACGGGCGAAAACCCCCAACGCUGUUCAAUUAUUCGGAGGGGAGUACGGUCAACGAUGAG